CAUGCUUCUCUUCGCCUUCAUGACGCUUUGCUACGUUCGGCUCAAGAGACGGAGUCAGCUCAACAAUAGACACGUCGGGCUGGAGGCUGGUGGACAGGUACAUUGUGUGGAUAGCGGUGGAGGCUUAAUGUGAAUUGGUUUAACGGAGUCCAGCUGCAUUGGAAUAAGUAGUCUGUCUACCUGUCAUGGAUUAGUUGUCUACCUGUCAUGGAAUAGUAGUCUACCCGUCAUGGAUUAGUUGUCUACCUGUCAUGGAAUAGUAGUCUACCCGUCAUGGAUUAGUAGUCUACCUGUCAUGGAUUAGUUGUCUACCUGUCAUGGAUUAGUGGCCUACCUGUCAUGGAAUAGUAGUCUACCCGUCAUGGAUUAGUAGUCUACCUGUCAUGGAUUAGUAGUCUACCCAUCAUGGAUUAGUAGUCUACCUGUCAUGGAUUAGUAGUCUACCUGUCAUGGAUUAGUGGCCUACCUGUCAUGGAUUAGUUGUCUACCUUUCAUGCAUUAGUAGUAUACCUGUCAUGCAUUAGUUGUCUACCUGUCAUGGAUUAGUAGCAUACCUGUCAUGGAUUAGUAGUCUACCUGUCAUGGAUUAGUAGUCUACCUGUCAUGGAUUAGUGGCCUACCUGUCAUGGAUAGUUGUCUUCCUGUCAUGGAUUAGUAGCCUACCUGUCAUGGAUUAGUUGUCUAAUUGUCAUGGAUUAGUAGUCUACCUGUCAUGGAUUAGUAAUCUACAUAUCAUGGGUUAUUCAUUUGCUGCCUCUUGGAUACUACUUCUCAGCUAAGUGUUAUUUUUUAUCUUUUUAUUUUACUCUGUUUUUUCUGCAUGUUUGCUAACGAAGACUUCCGGCCGACACGUUCAUUGUUUUACUAAUUUCCCAUUGUGCUAACCUGAUUGCAGUCUCUCCCUUUAUUACCCUGUCAUGGAUUAGUAUUCUACACCACUUUCACCGAGUGCUUUAGUAACAUAUUUACUAAAGAACCUUGAGGCCAUGGUUUAAAAUAGAAUAACUACCGACCAGACACACAUCAAUGGCAGUCACCUUUUCCUUCCCGUGUCCACCAUUUCUGUCACCCCAGUAUGUAAAUAGACCUUAAAGAAAGAGAUUUAAACAAAAAAUGCUAAGCUGUCUGGUUAAACAAAACUCUCUCUCUAUCUCUCUCUCCCCCUUUCUUUCUCUCUCUCUCUCUCUCUCUCUCUCUCUCUCUCUGGUCAUCACUGAAUAUUAACACGAGUGAGUCCAUAUCAUGAGUGAUUAGGGAUUCUCAAAUUGUUUAAAGAUUUAACAGAUGCGUCGAAAACAGGGUGAGACCCCCUUCUACCCUUACAAAAAAAGAGAGGUUUGGGUAGCGCGUGAUAUAAUGACAGCGGAUAUAUUAAGGAAAUAUGUUGAUACCAUCUGACAGAAAAUAUAUUGAGGGCAUAUGUUGACACCAUCUGAUGACAGUGAAUAUAUUGAUGGAAUAUGUUGAUACCAUCUGAUGACAGAGAAUAUAUUGAGGGCAUAUUUUGAUACUAUCUGAUGACAGAGGAUAUAUUGAGGGCAUAUUUUGAUACUAUCUGAUGACAGAGGAUAUAUUGAGGGCAUAUUUUGAUACUAUCUGAUGACAGAGGAUAUAUUGAGGGCAUAUUUUGAUACUAUCUGAUGACAGAGGAUAUAUUGAGGGCAUAUGUUGAUACCAUCUGAUGACAGAGAAUAUAUUGAUGGAAUAUGUUGAUACCAUCUGAUGACAGAGGAUAUAUUGAGGGCAUAUUUUGAUACUAUCUGAUGACAGAGGAUAUAUUGAGGGCAUAUUUUGAUACUAUCUGAUGACAGAGGAUAUAUUGAGGGCAUAUGUUGAUACCAUCUGAUGACAGAGAAUAUAUUGAUGGAAUAUGUUGAUACCAUCUGAUGACAGAGGAUAUAUUGAGGGCAUAUUUUGAUACUAUCUGAUGACAGAGGAUAUAUUGAGGGCAUAUUUUGAUACUAUCUGAUGACAGAGGAUAUAUUGAGGGCAUAUGUUGAUACCAUCUGAUGACAGAGAAUAUAUUGAUGGAAUAUGUUGAUACCAUCUGAUGACAGAGGAUAUAUUGAGGGCAUAUUUUGAUACUAUCUGAUGACAGAGGAUAUAUUGAGGGCAUAUUUUGAUACUAUCUGAUGACAGAGGAUAUAUUGAGGGCAUAUGUUGAUACCAUCUGAUGACAGAGGAUAUAUUGAGGGCAAAUGGUAAUACAGUGUAAUGAAAUAGGAUACAAUGAUGGCAUAUUUUGAUACCAUCUGAUAAAAGAUGAGAUAUGUUGCUACAAUCUAAUUACAGAGGAUAUAUUGAUGGCAUAUGUUGAUACCAUCUAAUGAAAGAUGACAUAUAUUGAUACCAUCUAAUGAAAGAUGACAUAUGUUGAUACCAUCUAAUGAAAGAUGAGAUAUCUUGAUACCAUCUAAUGAAAGAUGACAUAUAUUGAAACCAUCUAAUGAAAGAUGAGAUAUCUUGAUGCCAUCUAAUGAAAAAUGACAUAUCUUGAGACCAUCUAAUGAAAGAUGACAUAUCUUGAGACCAUCUAAUGAAAGAUGACAUAUCUUGAGACCAUCUAAUGAAAGAUGACAUAUCUUGAGACCAUCUAAUGAAAGAUGACAUAUCUUAAGACCAUCUAAUGAAAGAUGACAUAUCUUAAGACCAUAUAAUGAAAGAUGACAUAUCUUGAGAUCAUCUAAUGAAAGAUGACAUAUCUUGAGACCAUCUAAUUAAAGAUGACAUAUCUUGAGACGAUCUAAUGAAAUAUGGCAUAUAUUGAGACGAUAUAAUGAAAGAUGACAUAUCUUGAGACCAUCUAAUGAAAGAUGACAUAUAUUGAUACCAUCUAAUGAAAGAUGACAUAUGUUGAUACCAUCUAAUGAAAGAUGACAUAGUGAUGAAUUUAUUGGUUUCAAAAGUUUAUCUUUACUUGACAUGUACACUGUGGUGUUGCUAGGGUUAGUGGCGCCCAGGGCCUGGCCAAGAAUGUUGCCGCCCCUUUCAACAAAACAUUUCUUCAGUAGGCCAAAAAUGCUGCCCCUCUAUAUAAACAAGAAACACACAAAAAUUCCGCCCGGGGUAGGUCAACCCCCUCUGCAGCCCUUCCUACGCCCCUGCAUGUACAAAUGUGUACACACAUAACAGCUUUAGGUUCCAAAUCCCAGUGUCCCAACUUUUCCUUGCCUCCCUCUCUCCACUCAUAAUAAUAUAUACUAAAUGUUCUAACCAUUUAAAAAAUUAUUUUUUUUUUACAUUUUUGACGCCAUUUUGAUAUUGUUAGUUUUUCAAGUAAAUGAGGGGGGGGGGGGCAAGAAAGGGGCGUCACUUCUACAUUAAGAUACCCAGUGAAGGCUCAUACCCAGUGAAGGCUCACUUGAACUUGACCUUACUUGAAACUGAACUUUGUACCUACCGAUUUCUUCUUUUUCUUUGUCAAUUGGAGAUCCAUAAAAUCUGAUCUACUUUGUCGAACGAGCUCUCACUUACAGCAACGCAGCCAUGAUUUAAAAGGGAGAUAAAUUUAGAGUAGCCAUGAUUUAAAGGGGAGAUAAAUUUAGAGCAGUUUAUAUUGAAGUGGCGAGGAAAAAAAAAGAAAGGGGGGGGGGGCGGAGUAAAUAGGUUCUUAAUUUAUUACUUAUUGUUUGCUGUUUAUCUUUUAUUGAGUGGUAUGAAUCAAGUUAUGUCUGUGAUACGGUGGCGCUCUGUAGUGGAUCACACUUAGAACAUGUCUGACCCAGAACGUUUCUAUCUCAUUCAGUGAAGACUGUGUUAAUCAAGGUUUCCAAAACUUUCUACAAGCUGCACCCGCUACGAAUUGUUUGACUAAGUCUGACACCCGCUAUUAAUUGUUUGACUAAGUCUGACACCCGCUACGAAUUGUUUGACUAAGUCUGACACCCGCUACGAAUUGUUUGACUAAGUCUGACACCCGCUACGAAUUGUUUGACUAAGUCUGACACCCGCUAUGAAUUGUUUGACUAAGUCUGACACCCGCUAUGAAUUGUUUGACUAAGUCUGACACCCGCUAUGAAUUGUUUGACUAAGUCUGACACCCGCUAUGAAUUGUUUGACUAAGUCUGACACCCCCUACGAAUUGUUUGACUAAGUCCCACACCCGUUACAAAAUUAACAUUGCAUUAAAAAUAUACGCUUACUUUUUAAAUUUUAAAUGCAAAUUAUUUAUAUCACAACCUCAAAUUAAAUGGCUCCUGCUUUCUAAUAUGUAUUCUUCAUUGAGUCGCAACCCUGACCUACCCAUAAUGACGUUAGAUAACAUUUCCAUCGACUACCCCCUUUUUUAACAAUCAUAUAAUUACUUGGGACAACGCAAACAUGUGUGAAAUACGGAAAUGGGUGCUUAAUUUAAAAUAAUUCCAAAUGGCGCCCCAAAGCUCCACCAAUGCUCAGUUGUAUUGACGCUAUAUAGAGGUGAUAGUGACGGGUAGUGAAAAACUGAUGCUGAUGUUGAAAGCUUGUAAGUUGUCAGUAAGGGUAGCAAUAACUGUACGAAACCAAUAAGUGUAAGAAAUCAAUUAGCAUCAUACCCCUUACGACCCUUGUCUGUUCAAAAACCCUUCCUACAAGCGUAAGAAUUCAAUACCAAUCAGAUCAAAAAAAACUUUAAGCACGAAAUUUCCAACAACUACAAGUCACUUUUCAGGCUCUCAAGCAAUUAAGUCAUUUAGUAAAAAUAAAUAAUAAUUUGAUGCGAUGCCGAAUUUCAAGGGAUUUAAUUUAAUCCAACCGCUGUUACAAAUGUUUUACCCCUUAACUCCCUUAGGACAGACAACUCCCGCUCUUGAUUUAUUAUUACAUACAUUUCUAGCAAUCUGCCCCCCCCUCCCCCCACCUCCAAUUUUUUCCUCCCCCCCCACCACCCCGAUAAACCCGAAUAAAGUCUGAAAAUUCAAACCUUAACAAAACACAAACACAAACACAAACAGACAAAGGAAAUAGUCAAACCCCCUCCCGCCCCCAAUAAAAUGUCCUAAUUAUCGAAAGCUUUAAAAAUAUAAAUAUUUAAAAAAAAUCUAUUCUUAAAUUUAAAAAGCAGAUUUUUGGGUUUCAAAAUAAAGCAUUAAUGAAAAUAAAUAAUAAACCCCACUUAAAUUGAACAUUUCUCUCUGCCACACACCCAAAAGCGCACAUAACAAACUAUAACAAAAUGAUAAAGUGCCCCCCCCCCCCCUUUACCCCCUUCGCCAUGCAUAAUAUGCUCAAGGUUCCUUAGAAGAAAAAUAACAGGGAAAGAGACAAGAUAUUGGACGUAGAAAAAAAACACAAAAAAAAACACAAAAAAACAACAACACAUAAUUGUAGGAAUUGCCACCAUCCACUCCACCCCAAAGCCACGGCAGCUUUAUCUUGGAGAGUUCAUUCUUCACAGUAAAACACUCACAAACUCAAAGAUCUAUAGAUACUUUGAGAAAAGUGAGCACAGGCGAGUGUGUUAAAAUAGAUAAGUGCUCGAAUGUUUACUUUUUUUUUGGGGGGGGGGGGGAGGGAGGACUUCAUUCGAACACUUGCUGAAAAACAAGAUGGCCGACUUGUCGUGCCAGGCAUGGCAUCAAAUAAAUACGGCACGUUCUUUUCAGUCGUAAAUCUAUUAAUGGUCACGUGAGGGUGCUCUUGACUUCUGGCAUGAUGUGUUUAUGACAUCUUGGCCUACAUAACAUAAGUGUUGACCAUAUUCUUGAACGGUAUAGUAGGCGUACAUAACAUCUUGUCGACCAGUGGUUCUAUAAUUACUUAUAAGAGGGUUUGGCUGACAAAAUGACUACGUAUAAGAGGGUUGGACUGCGACGCAGCUUUUGAUUAGAUUAACAAGACACAAUCAAUUUGUAUCAAUAAGACGGUAUGUAUCAGCUUUAAUUAGUCGAGGAGUUUCUGUCAAAGCCUUCACCAGCACUACAGAAUAACAAAUAAGAUCUUCCAUCUGAUCUUUGGUUUCGGGCAUCCCUUGUGUCCAUUCUUUGUAUUCACCUUUUUUUUUCUCCAUUUAAUUAAUAACUAGCUAAGACACCCGGCGUUUCCCGGGUUUGCAUUCCAAAAAGAAAAAAAAUCACCGACUACAGACUUUUAAAUAACUUUGAAAUUAAAGGCCAUUUGAAAUUACAGGCCAUUUGAAAUUAAAGGCCAUUUGAAAUUAAAGGCCAUUUGAAAUUAAAGGCCAUUUGAAAUUAAAGUCCAUUUGAAAUUAAAGGCCAUUUGAAAUUACAGGCCAUUUGAAAUUAAAGGCCAUUUGAAAUUACAGGCCAUUUGAAAUUACAGGCCAUUUGAAAUUAAAGGCCAUUUGAAAUUAAGGCCAUUUGAAAUUGAAGGCCAUUUGAAAUUACAGGCCAUUUGAAAUUAAAGGCCAUUUGAAAUUAAAGGCCAUUUGAAAUUACAGGCCAUUUGAAAUUAAAGGCCAUUUGAAAUUAAAGGCCAUUUGAAAUUAAAGGCCAUUUGAAAUUAAAGGCCAUUUGAAAUUAAAGGCCAUUUGAAAUUAAAGGCCAUUUGAAAUUAAGGCCAUUUGAAAUUAAAGGCCAUUUGAAAUUACAGGCCAUUUGAAAUUAAAGGCCAUUUGAAAUUAAAGGCCAUUUGAAAUUACAGGCCAUUUGAAAUUAAAGGCCAUUUGAAAUUAAGGUCAUUUGAAAUUUAAGGCCAUUUGAAAUUAAAGGCCAUUUGAAAUUAAAGGCCAUUUGAAAUUAAAGGCCAUUUGAAAUUAAAGGCCAUUUGAAAUUAAAGGCCAUUUGAAAUUAAAGGCCAUUUGAAAUUAAAGGCCAUUUGAAAUUAAAGGCCAUUUGAAAUUUUGUUAAAAACGCUGCUGUAAAAAAAAUGUAAUUAUUUAAUUUGUCUCCCCCCCCCCCACACAUACACCAUAGCAUUUGCCAACUUUUUAUUUCCCGAUCGGAUCCCGUUUCCCGAUGGCAUCCGGUUUCCGGGAAGAUUCCGAUAGGAUUCCGAUCCCGAUGAGUUUCUGAUCCCGGUGGGAUCCCAAUCACGGUUAAAUCACGAUCAUGGUGGCAUCCCAAUCCUCGUGGGUUCCCGUUUUCCGGUGGUUCCCCAUCCCGUCCGUAUCCCGAUCCCGGUGCGAUCCCGAUCUCGAUGAGAUGCAAAUUCCUUCAGUAUCCCGAUCCCGUGGGGUUCCCACCGGGAUCGGAAUCCCACCGGGAUUUGGAUACCGACAGGAUCGAGAACAUACUGUGAUCGGAAUAUCGACGGAAUCGGGAACCAACCGGAAUCGGAAUCCCACCGGGAUGGGGAUCCAAACAGAGUCGGGAUCUAACCGGGAUCGGGAUCCGAACGGGUUCGGGAUCUUUCCGGAUACCGGGAUAUCAUCGGAAUAGCUCUAUCUCAAAACACACAUAUAUUACAAGAUGGACAUUGUUUCAGAGACAGUUUUAAAACUACUGAAAUGAUACAUUGGGCACAUUUCAGAGAUAGGUUAUUAUUUUGAUGACUGUAUCUUUAAAUCCGAUGACAUCACACUUGUUUAAAAAGAGGUUUUAUAGUUUAUUUUGAAACAAAUAAAUAUUUCUUCUGUCAGUUUCGGAAAAUACUGACCAAAGGCGUCGACAUAUUGUGAGCACAUUUACAUAAUUUUACCCAUACCUCAACACUUAAUGAAGAUGGAAAGGUGAAAAUAGGGAAGAAGAUUUUCUUUGAAACUAAGGACAUCGAAAAUUUGGGGAAAUUUUGAAUGAAGACACCAAUCUAUCAAAGACGUUAAUGCUACAGAUAGUUUAAAUGUUACAAAGAUUUGAUUUGAACAGUCGAAAAUGUUUUUAAAAUUGUUAACAAAUAUAUGUUUUCUUAGGAGUUCAUGGGCGCUGGUUAGGCCUCUAGUGUGUAGAAGAUAACCUUUCUCAAAUCCUAUGUUGUUAGAAAUGAAAAUAUCUACACAUAGAUACUAAUUUAAAAAUAAGGAAUUCUGAUUUAGUGUUUCUUAAAUAUGCAUCUCAAGGGCGUUGAAAAUGGUGUGUCUCAAAUGUACUGACACGCCCAUAGACUUACGGACAUGAUGCUGUAACUUCUUGUUACGAAUGUACUAACAAGCCCAUGGACUUAUGGACUUAAUAUAAUAUGUAAUCCAGGCGGGUUUUUUUAAAAAUUCUUUGACCUUAUGUUUAAACGAAGAAAUCACUUUUUCCAUGUUCAGGUGGGCCACCCUCAGACUUCCCUGGAGUCAUCUGGUCAGAAUGGCUUGGGAGUUCCUACCACGAACGUCAACGCAAGUUACAGGUCACAGGAAGGUGGUGGUGGCGGUAGGUGGCUGUAUGGCGUUGUUUUCGUGACCCAUCGAUCGGGAACACGGGGGGNAGCGAUCCAGGGGUUACAUAAGUCUAAAUCCUAAAUCAUUUCACUUCUUGCCAGAGGAACUGACAUCCAAACCACACAAACUCUCUCAGGAACACACUCACACACACAUGCGCGUACUCAUGUGCAGAUUUAAGCAAGUAAUAUAAUAAACAAUAAUUGAAUAUCCUUUGACGCCAAUGUAUAUAUAUCAUUGUCACUAUAUAUAUAUAUAUAUAUAUAUAUAUAUAUAUAUAUAUAUAUAUAUAUAUAUAUAUAUAUAUAUAUAUAUAGCUUGUGUCAUCUUACUAUUUAGAUGUAGAUUUCUAGACCAUAAGCCCUAGAGACGCGAGUUAGUUUUUCUCCCUCUGAUAUUGUUAAAAAUGUCUCCAUUUUGUCAAAGUGGAAAAAUACAAUGAAAAAAGCAACAAAUGGCAUCCAAAUAGUGUUUCUGUACUCCAUUCAUUAAUUGUUAUAUGGAACAUGUGUCUCCAAACUAAGGACCACGGGUCGGAUCGGUCCUCCAUGAGUUGCUCAAAUUAGAACUGGACAUUGCAGUAACUUACCAUGUCUUUGAUUAUACGUCACCCUGUCUUUGAUAGUAUGUCAUCAUUUUUUUAUAGUAAGUCACCAUGUCUUUGAUAGUAGGUCACCAUGUCUUUUAUAUUAGGUCACCAUGUAUUUGAUAGUAAUUCAACUUGUCUUUGAUAGUAGGUCACCAUGUCUUUUAUAGUAGUCACCAUCUAUUUGAUAGUAGAUAACCAUGUCUUUGAUAGUAAGUCAACACGUCUUUGAUAGUAGGUCACCAUGUCUUUUACAGUAGGUCAACUUGUAUUUGAUAGUAAUUCAACUUGUCUUUUAUAGUAGGUCACCAUGUCUUUUAUAUUAGGUCACCAUGUAUUUGAUAGUAAUUCGACUUGUCUUUGAUAGUAGGUCACCCUGUCUUUUAUAGUAGUCACCAUCUAUUUGAUAGUAGAUAACCAUGUCUUUGAUAGUAAGUCAACAUGUCUUUGAUAGUAGGUCACCAUGUCUUUUAUACUAGGUCACCAUGUAUUUGAUAGUAAUUCAACUUGUCUUUGAUAGUAGGUCACCAUGUCUUUUAUAUUAGGUCACCAUGUAUUUGAUAGUAAUUCGACUUGUCUUUGAUAGUAGGUCACCAUGUCUUUUAUAGUAGUCACCAUCUAUUUGAUAGUAGAUAACCAUGUCUUUGAUAGUAAGUCAACACGUCUUUGAUAGUAGGUCACCAUGUCUUUUACAGUAGGUCACCAUGUAUUUGAUAGUAAUUCAACUUGUCUUUGAUAGUAGGUCACCAUGUCUUUUAUAUUAGGUCACCAUGUAUUUGAUAGUAACUCGACUUGUCUUUGAUAGUAGGUCACCAUGUCUUUUAUAGUAGUCACCAUCUAUUUGAUAGUAGAUAACCAUGUCUUUGAUAGUAAGUCAACAUGUCUUUGAUAGUAGGUCACCAAGUCUUUUAUAGUAGGUCACCAUGUAUUUGAUAGUAAGUCAACUUGUCUUUUAUAGUAGUUCACCAUAUCUUUUAUAGUAGGUCACCAUGAAUUUGAUAGUAAGUCAUCUUGUCUUUGAUAGUUGGUCACCAUGCCUUUUAUAGUAGGUCACCAUGUCUUUUUUAGUAGGUCACCAUGUAUUUGAUAGUAAGUCAUCUUGUCUUUGAUAGUAGGUCACCAUGUCUUUUAUAGUAGGUCACCAUGUAUUUGAUAGUAAGUCAACUUGUCUUUGAUAGUAAGUCAACUUGUCUUUGUUAGAAAGUCAACUUGUCUUUGAUAUUAAGUCAACCUGCCUUUGAUGAUAUUUUUUCCGUUCGGCAGUGUCUACAAAUAAUUAGCCAUUUAGCCUUAAAAUGAGAUGCCUUACAAUGAGAUGCCCUACAAUGAGAUGCCUUGCAAUGUGUAGCCUUUCAUUGAGUAGCCUUACAAUGAGAAAUUACAAUUAGUAGCCCUGUAUUGAUUAGUCGUACACUGAGAAGUCUUACAAUGAGUAGCCUUACAAUGAGAAGUCUUACAAUUAGUAGCCUUACAUUGAGAAGUCUUACAAUGAGUAGCCUUACAAUGAGAAAUCUUACAAUGAGUAGCCUGGGGGGGAUUAUGUUAUUUUGUUAGUUUUUUAUUUUAUUUUCACAGGCAAGUGUCCAAAAAAUGCAUUGCACAAUAAACAUUUUUUUUUUCCUCAUGAAUAAAUAAUCCUUAAUUUUAUUAGAUCUUGACUCAUUCAUAAUGUUGGCCUAGAAGAUGUUUUUCAAAUUGAUUUAAUACAACAAGUCGUAAAUGACGUGUAAAUAUUGUAAAUCGUUGAGUCGACAUGAAUAUAGGUUGCAUUGUUUCCGAUCUAGGUUUACAUUAUAAUUCCCGUCUAUAAAGUAAUCUCCCCUGAAACGUGUCACUUAUCGAAUGACGUCAUUUCCCUAUAUUUUAGAUCGCCACGUCAGAUGCCAAGCAAGCACUGUAAACCAGAGCGCCAGUUGUUCCAGCGAUGCCAACUAUGUCAGGGACUUGAAGGACAGCCGGGUGAUCCCAUCCCUGGCCUCGCUCGCCAACACUGCACCAGUCGGCAUCCAGGGAGUCUUGGAUCAAACAGGGGGGCACGUUCAUCGGGGAUACACCAUGGAUUCACCUAAACGUGGGUGACAGGAGCAGGGCAGUGUUAUUGACGGGGUUGUUAUUGUUAUUGACGGGGUUGUUAUUGUUAUUGACGGGGUUGUUAUUGUUAUUGACGGGGUUGUUAUUAUUAUUGACGGGGUUGAUAUUGUUAUUGACGGGGUUGAUAUUGUUAUUGACGGGUUGUUAUUGUUAUUGACGGGGUUGUUAUUGUUAUUGACGGGGUUGUUAUUGUUAUUGACUGGGUUGUUAUUGUUAUUGACGGGGUUGUUAUUGUUAUUGACGGGGUUGUUAUUGUUAUUGACGGGGUUGUUAUUGUUAUUGACGGGGUUGUUAUUGUUAUUGACGGGGUUGUUAUUGUUAUUGACGGGGUUGUUAUUGUUAUUGACGGGAUUAUUAAUGUUAUUGACUGGGUUGUUAUUGUUAUUGACGGGGUUGUUAUUGUUAUUGACGGGGUUGUUAUUGUUAUUGACGGGGUUGUUAUUGUUAUUGACGGGGUUGUUAUUGUUAUUGACGGGGUUGUUAUUGUUAUUGAUGGGGUUGUUAUUGUUAUUGACUGGGUACUUAUUGUUAUUGACGGGGUUGUUAUUGUUAUUGACGGGGUUGUUAUUGUUAUUGACUGGGUUGUUAUUGUUAUUGACUGGGUUGUUAUUGUUAUUGACUGGGUUGUUGGUGUUAGUGACAUGGGCACUAUUAUUAUUUAUAAAGGUGUUAUGUUAUUGACAGGUGAUGCUAUUCAGAAAAUUCAAAUAUUUGGGUUACAACCUCUAACGGUCAUUCACAAUAGAUGAUAAGAUAGAAACCAGAGUUUCAAAAGCAAAUAUUGCAAUUGGAAGACACUAUUUGGGGGGCCUCUGACUUCUCAUUGAGCUGAAAGUAGAUGGGACAAUCGUAUGAACAAAUCUGCCACGCGCCAGGGAGCCGUUGACAGUGUACAUAAUGACAACUAAACCUUCUCCAAGCCGUUUACGCAAACUUCUUGGCAUACUGUGGCGGGACAAAUUCCCUGAUACAGAAUUCCUGCACAAAAAAAGGCACGAUCUUACAAGAAAAGACACCCCCGAUGGUCUGGGCAGGUUGUGAAAAUGCCAGCAGCAGACUUCCUAAGCCGCUAAUGUACGGUGAACUUUCAAAAGUGAAACGCUCAGCUGGUGGGCAGAGAGACGUUUUACAAAUUGUCUAAAUGUGUGCCAUAAAAUCGACCUGAAUUCAUGGAAAGUAUUUGAUAUGGAGCACACACACUGGAGAACAAUCUUGAUAAAGUAAACAAACACUCAACGUCAAAAGAAUGCGUACAUCAAGGAACAGCAAACUCGCAUCCAAUCCCUUCGGGACCCAAAACUCCGUGUGGGUCAUACAUGCAGGCAAGCUUUCCGAGCACAAAUAGGACUGGCAAGGCCAUUGCGUACCCAUCGUCGACUCUAAGCCUUGGUCAUCUUUGCAUAAGAAAGUUGAACUACACUGUUAUUGUAGGGAGUUGAAUAGUUAUAGACGGAAUGUUAGUAUUGAUAAGUGGUGUCAUUUUUAUUGACGAGGGUAUUGUUAUGGUCUGGGUAUCAGGUACAAGUAUAAACGAGCGAGUCCGUUCUAAAUUACUGAUAAAAAAUUAAUCAAUUGUUAGAAUGAAACAAAUAAAAACAGUAUUUAUGAUUAUAUAACGGAUUUAUUGAAUUGGUAAUAAGGCAAUAACCUUAUUUUGUAAUUUAUAAAAUCUAGGAUAAUAAAAUGUAACGGCUCCAAACAAAUACGUAUUUCUUUACAGGGAGAGCACGAAGUAAGACAGAUAACAGGUCAAUGUGAGUUGGUUAGAGACUACGUUUUUUAAAGGUUUAAUUAAAUACUCGGGUUUAAGAGGUUGUCUUUUUGUAAACCGGACCAGGGUAUUUUGAGAAAUACUUUUGUGGGACCAUGUGUUACAAAAAAGAGAUAGCUUCUCCUUUUCUAUAAUAUAUGCCGGCCUUUAAACAAUCGACAUACAGACAGUCCUACACCCUACCUGCCGGCCCAUAAACAAUAGACAUACAGACAGUCCUACACCCUACCUGCUGGGCUUUAAACAAUAGCCAUACAGACAGACCUACACCCUACCUGUCGGCCUUUUAACAAUAGCACUGCAGGCAGUCCUACACAAUAUAUUCCAGCCUUUUAACAAUAGCACUACAGGCAGUCCUACACCCUAUAUGCCUACCUUUUAACAAUAGCACUACAGGCAGUCCUACACCCUACCUGCUGGCCUUUAAACGAUAGACAUACAGACAGACCUACACCCUACCUGCCGGCCUUUUAACAAUAGCACUGCAGGCAGUCCUACACCCUAUAUACCGGCCUUUUAACAAUAGCACCACAGGCAGUCCUACACCCUAUUUGUCGGCCUUUUAACAAUAGUCCUACACCCACCCGUGGUUCUUUAUUGAUUAAUAUAAUAGUGUUCUCCACCUCUAUCAAUGUUUUGUACCUGAGUUCACACGUCACGCAUGACAGCCUUUAUGCACUCAGUACUUUUAAUAUAAAACAUGUGGAGUUGGGGGAGAGCUGGUUGUGAAGAUGAAUGAGGACACACGAGAUGCAACUAGAAAUAAAGUACUUAUUUUUAUUCCUGGUAUGAAACCUGGUGGUUGGAGGCAAAGGGUUUUCUUUUAGAAAAAUUAAUAUCAUUAUAUAUGAACCAAAGCUCUGGUUAAUGAAAUACAUGUCUUCAUUUGAGCCCAACAAAAUGUGAUGUCUCUUGCUGAACAUUAAAGCCUAUGUCUGUUCUAGUGUAUUAAUACUCCUUUUCUCAAAGUUCAUGUCCUUAUACAAUAUAAUAUCAUUGUAAUAGUUGAGUAAUAAAUAUUCGCAGUGACUAAACAAAAAAAAAAAAAAAAAAAAAAAAAAAAAACGAUUUUUUUUUCAGAUCUCGAGGGAAAUCCUUAUCUAUCAAGAAAAGUCGAAUAUUUUCGAAAUGGAGCUUUGGGGCCAUUAAAAAACGAAUAAGUACCAUAAAACGACAAGGAAAACAGACCCCUUCAUCAAAUGACCAAUCUCACACACUUAACGCUCGCCAGGGCUCCGCGGUGCAUCUACGCAAUACAGCAGCUCAGACGGGCACCCAACACACAUUUCAUCAAACAAAAUUAAAAGAGGCAAGCCAUAAAGUGCAACAAACAGAUCCCAGAAAUGAAGCAUCAUUUAGAGUUGUUCCAGACAACGAUUCGCACAAGCUACCGCCGGAUAACGCCAGUCCCAAAAGGUUGAACAGUGUCUUGGUGAGCACAAGUUUGCACAAGAGAUCAUUAGCAUACAAUCGGGACAACCAAGAAAAGGGGAUGGGCAGCUUUAACGCCAUCACGCAGAACGGUAACGGGCGGAUUAAAAUCAAGACGGAUUGGUCGGCCUUUCUGACUUCGGUUGAGGAAAAGCUCCAUAAGAAUCCGCAACAGCAGAAGAAAAGCCCAAAGAAAUCCAGCCCCCAACGAAACGCGAGUUGCCAGGUCAUGAAGGAUCCAGCGACUUCCACGCUUAGAAAGAUUAAGAAACGCGGCCCUAUUAGUCAUGGUACAAAAUCCCGCGGCAGAGUUCAGAAAGUCGAGGUGCUGAAGCCUAACCCAAAAACAAGCAUUCAUAAUGCAGAGAUUCCGAAAUUGGUGGAAGCUAUCAAACGAAGCCAGCCUACCGACUUUGGAGGAGAGGUCACCAUGGGAAGUUACACAAUCAAGAAAACGACCGAGCCUGUGUUAAGUUCUCUGACAGGACAUGGCGCUUUCAGUUCCUACGCUAAGGACGGUCAAAAUAUUUUCUCUCCUACCAUAGAUGCCCGGCCUGACCAUCCCAGCGUAGAGCACGGAGAUGUAAGCGACGAGAAAGACUCGAUUCUGAAAGAAUACCGCACGUACACCCGAGACUCCAAACCUAGAAGUCCACUUGACAAUCGCCAGAAAUUGACGCUCACAGAAAAAUUUUCACGUGGCGCAACGGGUUACACUCAAGGUCCAGCUCACGAGAAUAUAGGUCGCCACAACACAAAGUUUUUAAUAGAGCGCGGUCAGACCAGUAGCAAUGAAAUCAACAGUCUCAACGGGAAGUCUUUGGGAAUGGUUUGGAAACAACAACCUGAGAAAAAUAGGGGCACCCACCAUGACAGUUUUCACAAGGAUUUAUGUAAAGUGGACCUUUCAAAAUAUGAAUACUUUACUUUCAAAGAAGUGAAACUACCGUCUCGUGGUGGCGAAUCCAAACCUCUAACUGAAUGUCGGGAAAAGGCACGUGUACAUUAUGGCAAAUACACAAAUGUUGAUAGGCAGCAACCACACCUGAAUGAAAUUUCUAAAGAGCUGUAUCAAGAAAAACUUAACGCCAAGGACAAAGCUGUCCACACACUAGAUUUCCACGGUCCCAUUUUCGGCUCAGCAAAUGAAAGGGUGAAGGUCCCGACUCAACCUCCGAAUGACAACGUCAAGUUUGGCAACAAUCGGGACCAAUUACAAUUCAUCGCGUCUUCAAAUCCGUGUCUGCAAAGGACUUUGGAUGCAACACAAAAUAUUCACAAACCUUCUCCUACAUAUCUGCAUCACAAAACAACAGUGAGAGGUGGAGAUGUUUCAGAAGUUCCAUCACAUCCAGUUACAAGUAACUCAAAGAAGCCACACGACAAUGUGUGUCAUCUCCAGAGAGAGCGCGCCUUGAAAAGAUUAGAGGAAAAUGUUACAAAAAUGACUCCAAGUAAAUCUCAGAAUCUUCAAUUUAUUUGCGUGCCACAUGAAAAGAUCAAUAACACAGCCGAGGUUUUAUCAAAUCAAGAACAUGGCACAUUUGAAUACAAACCAUUAUGUAAACAUGCUGUGGAAAAUAGAUCAGGCAAAAAGCAUGUUACACAAGACCGAAGAGUUGAAACUUUAAACAGUGAUCGUCAUAGCGAGUUUUCUCAGAAUAAACCGAUCGCCUUUACUGGCCUGGAAAAUCCUGAACAAAAAAAUAAUAAAUCAAAAAGAGGAGACAACACCGUCUCAUCUAGCUUUACUAUAAAACCAGAUUAUGAGAAUAUGGACACAGGAAGUGUCGUCGAGAAUUUUCUUGCCCCAAACCCUCGAAAUGCAAACGCUAGAGAUACAAAUAACGAGAAAGAGUGCGACGAGGCACCGUCUUUGAGGACUGCAAUAGGCUUUGAAAAUUUCAAGAGCGGUAAUAAAACUAAUCAAGCCGCCCCUUUCAGUUUCACUCCGGUCGGACAGUCAGACACCAAAUCACAUGUCGAUCAAGGUACGCUGCAGCAUCGCGUCAAGUACCACCCCGAUCAAACCUUGCAUCCCAUAGCCGAGAGUGGGGACUUUACCCAUCUCACGAAGGCUGGGGCCGUGCACAGUCACGACAAGUCUAUCGUCUCCGUGGCGAGUACCAGUGACUCAGAGGUCACGCCGGGAUGUUUCCAUAUUGGACACUGCUACAUUAAAGAUGAAGGGAGUAGUCGCUGGACGUGUGAACCAAGUGAGGCACUUAGUGAUCAUGUCACUAAAAGAGCCAUUUUUGUUCAAGAGGAAAAUAAACACAACAAGCAUAGAGCUGAAAAGCUCCCACAGUUUUGUGGGGAUGAGGAAAAUGUCAAAAUCGCCUAUCAAAAAAUCGAGGUUCAUCGAAAAGAGAACAGGCGCAACAAAUGUCAAGGUUAUCCGGUGAAAAAGUCCAAAAGCCUAAUUUCCGUGGGGCAGAUGGUGUCCGAGCUUACUUCUCAAUCUCAUCAAAAAUUCAAUCCGGGCCACUCCCCGGGAAACAAAACUUCCUCAAGAAAACACACCAAAGUCUGCAAAGUUAUUUACGUCAAACCCUCGCAUAGAGUCUGCCGACACGUGCGCGUCAACACGGCCCCAAGGCCUCAGCCACAACCGAUCUUUUUUAAGAUAUCAAAUGAUGACUUCCUGGAGAAUCGAAUGGUGGCCUACCACGAGCACGAGAAGAAAGAUGACUACGUCAAAUACUGCAAGCUGAGGAAAGUUAGGUGUCACAGGCACGAGCCCUACAAGAAGCAACUGGUCACCAGCAGCGGAAGCACAAGUCCUCCCAGCGGACAUAUAGCAUACCAUAAACGAAACAGGAAUAACUGCAGCCCAUCACGACGUGGACGUUUCGAGUUGGGGCCCAAAGUAGACCAGCAGUGUUUCGACGACCCACCACAGCAGCCACAGCACAACACUCAGAGCGACGAACCGUCUUCAGAGUCGUUCAAUAAUCUUCAGCCGAAUGAGCGAGAAAGUAACCAAAAAACAGAGAGUGAUGGUUUUACGACCCUGAGAUACAUCGAGACUGCAGACUCUUCCAGCGGCACAACACCCCUAGGGGUUUCUGAGGACAAUCCUGAAGAUGAUAAAGCUCACAGAGAAACUCAUUUCCCCCCAUACAUCGAUGGCAAAAAUAUGCUCAAGCCCAACACAGACGAUACAAGGAAGAAAUGGUUUUACGAUCUGGGAACAAAGGGAGGGAAUAUUUCAUCUUUCAUGGAGAAUAAUGAGAAUCCAGUAAAUAAUGAGAUAUGUUUGAAGACAGUGAAGAAAAGCACCGAGAAUUUGAGAGCUUUCUCAAAAAAGAAGGUGGUUGAUAUGCCUGAAAACAUUACGCAUACUUGCAUAAUAGACAAGAAAACUACAGCAGAAUGUAGUAGAAACAAUAAAAAACGCGCAGAUUGUGCUGGGGGAAAUCGAAUAACUAUAGGGCUCAAUGGGGGUUCCGGUAAUAGAAUAUCCAAUGGGCUUGAUGGGGACUCUAGCAAUCGAAAACCCUUAGGGCUUAAUUUGGACCCUAGCAAUCGAAUACCCAUAGGACUUGAUGGGGACUCUAGUUACUCGGAUCUCAAAACUGAGGAAAACAAUUCACAUUAUCUGUUUGGUCGGCCAAGAGAAAAACGCCAGCCGUCUAAAUCUCCACCCACUACCCAGAGUCACAUGACACAGACAGAAUCCUCAAACAUCCCCAUCAAUAUCGGAGUCCAGACAAGUCCCCGUCUAGAGAUUCGCCCUAGAAAAAUGCUGUUUCAGUACAAACGCAAAGGUUAUAACCCCUUCCCGAAAUCUUUGAGAGACAAAGCUAAGCUUACCAGAAAAUCGAAAGCUAUCAGAACCAAGUACCCUUGUAAGAAUGUCGUCGUUCAGGGUGACCACGACUUUUAUAAAAACCCGGUGGCCCAAUGGCUUCAGGAUCAUGCGUUUGUCAACUGGACUCACGUAGAGCAGAACUCACACGACAAGGGGCCGUACAAUGCGAUCCCCAGUCAUGAAACAACACGUUCACAAAGUUCUACGCUUGGAACGUCUGACUGGGCAAGCCACUCCCUCCAAUCGCAUAACGUAAUGCAAACAAUUACGAAAGGAAACAUCAAUGUCGACAUGAGACCUGGUUGGUCCUCUCAUAAAACGAAUUCUGCUGUUCCAAAUGUCCGCUCCAAAUAUGCAGGCAAUAGCGUGGAAGAGAUUCAAAAUGCAACCGAACACAUUGGAGAUUGUCCAGACCUUCCUAGCACCAAAGAAUUUAAAGAUAAGCCACUUGACUGCCAGACAAGAACGAACACCAUGUUUCAGUUUCGAGGAUUUUCCUUUGAUAAACGUCAUGAUCCAGCCCUUCGCAAUUUGGCCGACCCAACUGAAGCGAAAGCAGGGAUUCCAUGCCAUUCGUCUUCGGUACCCUGGUCUGAAAACAGUGAGGACAUCAAGGCCUCGAUGAAUAGAGCCCCCGACAGACCCUCAACAUCUUCAACUGUGCAUGUUAAUAAUACGAAAGAUGAGGCUAGCGAGACCAGCAUGACGUCAUCGAGACUAUCCGAGCUCCAGAAACUCUGCGUGAUCCGUCCGUUUUGGAAAAACGCAAACAUCGAUGAAAUUGACAGACGAGUGAAGAGGGCACUUAGACUGCGGGAAGAGCUGCAGAUGUCAAGGUCUGCUUGUGCUCAAAGAAGGGCGUCUGCGGGGGUGUCAAUUGUUGGGACGUCCUCCGUCACGGGUGCUGGGGAUGUAGACAACAACGCAAUUAUAUCUGGAGGAAUGAUGCCAGAGAUGACAGAGGAGACGGUUGCGCUAAGAGAUGAAGUCCUAUGUGAAGACCGCAAUGUCCCACUAACAACUGGUAACGAUGCCCACAGUUUUCAAAAGCGUUUCUUUAAAGCUUCGAAGGAAAAGACGCGUUUGACUAGCAUGUCCUCAAAUGGGAGAGAAAUCCCUUUACACGAUAAUAAAAAGAAAAGUCCAAACUCUAUACACACACCACUAAAUAAAGAUGAUAAAAAAGAAGGAGUCGGGACAUCAAUUUCAGCUGUUUGCAGGUUCACCAAUGUCGAUAAAGUUGGAAAGGUUGAAAAAAAUCAUAGGCUAGAACCAACGGUUCGCUUGGAGCGUAGCUUGUCCUUUCAUGAGGAUCCCGUCACUGAGAUUGAAAACAGGCCUGGGAAAGCCAACAGCGAGCACACGUCUUCCAGACCCAGCAACAGCAACAGCGCCCAGAACACGUUGAAGCGUGUAAGGACCAGGGACAAGAACUCUCCCCCAACAAAGAUAUCGAAGGUCGAAAACGCGCUGACCAGCACGCCUAAGCUUGUUGGGGAACUCGUCCAGAGCCUCCCUCAGGUACCACUGUUCUCGUUUGUGGAAUGGUUCAUUGAGACAUCAGACCCAAGCAACUUCGUCUUGUCGGAUCACUCGAGCAGUUCGUCGGGGAAAGACCGAGAGGAGAGAAUUUUCCGUGACGAGGUCAUGCGAACUGAGGAACUCGGCUGUUUAGUCAAGUACCACGGCCGAAAUUUAAAAUUGAACCAGGGCUCGUGUGUCGAAGGUAUGCCAGACACCCCUUCGACUGCAACGUUCGCAAUCUCUUCUCGGACAGCGGAGGAUCAGACGACGUACGAUUUUGAGUCCCUGACCCCAACAGAGGGUCUUUCGGUGGAGAAGCGAUAUGGGCACUUCGAUGUCAGGCUCGGCGAACAAACGCACCAACGAUCCAGAGAAGUUGAAGAUAACUCAGCUGUGUUACAUAAGUGUACAUUACAGUCAGGAGACACGGAGGAUGCAGCCCCGUUUCUGUCUAGGCAAGGGAGAGCAGCAAAUCUCGGAUCUGGUUACAAGUUCGGUGAGAACAAGGACAAUGUUCACACUCCGUUUAGAUUUUCGAUGUCAGAACAAAAUUCAACGUCUACGACGGACCCCUCUCAUUCCAAGUCAAGCACUCAGGAUACGCAUAAGACGUCAGAGUCCAGCGUAAAGACCCCAACUGUUCACCUCGCCUACGACAGCUAUUUGAACAAGAAGUUACACCACCCUGACAACGACACGACCAGCUCCGCCGGGACGAAGACGGGCGAUCUCAGCGACCUGUACAACAUUUACUGCAACAUUCGAGACAACGACGACCAGAAUGAAAGCUCCCCAAAAAGGGAGAGCGAGUGGCCUGUAGACAGCACCGAGGAGAGUGUCACCGAGGAGGUUUGCCCUGGAGUCAGACGGUCCCAAAUGAUGUUUUCAGACGACGCAAAAGACGAUGAUGCGGACCGCUGUGCGCCGGGCAUACGGCACAUUCUGAUGAAACUUCGACAGACGAAAGAUGAGGACGACGGGGGUGGUCCCCGACACGACCGCAUGAGGAUCACUUUGCGAAAAUCUUCCGACGUUACCGGAAUAAUAGCGAAAUUUCAAAACGAAAAUUCUUAAACUUUUUGAUUAAAAAUUGACACAUCUACAGUGGCAGACUCAUAAGCUGGUCACUGGCCAAUGUUCUGGUGGGAUGAUAUCUCCCAUCGCGCUGUGUCUGUUGAGAUCUUCAUCCCCUGAGCACAGUCACCGUUAUGUUAUUGUAAGACAUCAUUUGAUUAGAGCAGCGUGUUAUCGACUUUUGUGAUCAAGGACUCUCAUUAGGACGUGACAAUGACGGCCUGACAACGUACAUGAACUGUAAUAGAAAUGUGCUUUUUUAUUUAAUUCAUGCCUGAUAUCAUCUCCCUUACGAUUAACUGCCCGGGUGGUUGAGUUGGUACCUCUGGUAGCUCUGACAUGAGUGUUUGACUAGAGUCGGGUUUAAUUCGAUUAACGUGACUAAAAGUAAAAGCAAUUUUAAGUUUCCAUUUGACAAUAAAAUCAACAAAAAAACAACAACAAGAAGAAAGUUAAUGACACAGGGUGCUCUGGGC